ACAACUUUUUAACAAUUGAAGGAAACCAUAUAAAUGCUAUUCAAGGUGAUUUAAAUAACCUUACAAAUGUUGGCAAAGAUUACUUAGCUGCUAUUUAUGAUGAUCCUAUAGAUAUUGAAUAUCUAGCUGCUACUUAUAAUAAUCCUAUAGAUAUUGAAUAUCUAACUACUAUUUACAAUGAUCCUAUAAAUAUUGAAGAGAAACAUCUAGCUACUGUUCAAGAUAACACUAUAGAUGUUGAAAAAAAUAUAGUUCAAAAUGAAAAUAUUAAUAUUAUGGAAGACCUUACUAUUAAUGUUAGGAAUUCUUUUCCUUCAUGGGAAUUAGCUGAAUCAUAUCUUGAAAAGUAUGCAAAAUUGAUAGGAUUUCCUUUAUGUUAUAAGCAUUUUGAAAUUAACAAUAUUGGAAUCAUAUGUCGUCAAAUAUUUGAAUAUAGUUUUGCUGGUGAACUAGUAUCUAAUAAAGUAGUUGAUUCAA